AUGCUGGAACGCCAUGUCGACGAUGAUGAUGAUGGUGGUGGCUAUGGUGGAGACGCGACUGAACCCAGCCGAGGAGACCGUUGGGAAAGUCAACUCAUUCCUGCAACACAUUUUGCAGAUUCAACUGAUACUGAUAACUAUUGCACAGAAGGAGAAAUGCGAAAAAGAAAGUUAAAGAUCUCCAGCUACGGUAGUAGGAUUACGGUAAAUGGUGAAGACGGUAAUAUGUGGCAGCUAUCGUCGUAUAUUCGACUCCUAUUUUUCGUCGACUACGGCCGUAUUGUCGUUCCUUUAAUCGUGUAUUUCUUGUUAGGCGUGGCAUUGGCGUCGUUUCAAGUAUCGAUUCCAGCGCAGGACACUGACCAGCUUCGUGUCUGUCUGGCUUGGGCCUGCUUGGUCGGCUAUACGAAUAUUGACAACCGACGAGUGUGUGGAAAUGUGAAAGCGAAGGCGUAG